AUGGCAGCGAAAACACUCAACGGUGCGCCCAGCUCGAUGAUGCUGUUUGAAUGUCCAGGCUGCGGCUUUGAGUCUGCGUCGAACAGCAGCAACGUCUCCGUAUUGCUGCGCGCAUUUGCUCCUCUUCCAUCCACACUAAGUCUUUCUCUCCCAGGACAUCUCACGCUAGGCGAUCUUUCGCGUUCUUUGAACGCUUGUUUUAAGGCUUGCACUCUUCGUCUCACGACUCCGAAUGGCCUAUCACCAUGUCCACGUCGCUCGCUGUCUUCCUUUGUCAAAAGAGACACGAAUGGCAGGGCGAGCCAUGUAGAGCUCGAAGUGAGAUCGCGCUUGAGGGGUGGCAAAGGUGGAUUUGGAAGCAUGCUCCGAGCGCAGGGUGGCAAGAUGAGCGCCAAAGGCAAAGACCAGAAUACGGACUCGUGCAGGGAUCUGAAUGGCAGACGUCUCAGCACCAUGAAGCAGGCCAAGCAGUGAGUGCUUAGCGUGCUCGCUCGGGGGACACCCUGUCUGUAUGCGUCCGUACCCAGGCAUGCUCAUCAACUCUCCCUCCGAAUGACUCUCACCGCUAGACUGGCUGCGUAUAUUGCCGAAGCCCCAGCUCGCGAAGCAGCCCUGAACGAAGCGCAGGCGAAAAAGUAUGCAAAGUUGGAAAAGAUGUUGGGUCGCAAGCCGAGAGGGGAGGCCGAUUUCGUCGAGGCAGCCAAGCGAUUGGCUGAGGACGGGGACGAGCUGGAAGGCGGCGCAUCGUCACCUUUGGGGUCGGACGAGGGUGCGGAUGGCAAGCGCCGCGAUCGAGGCGAAGGAUCGUCUGCUGGACUUGCUGAAAGGCAGACGCAGAUGCACGGAAGCAACGAGAACGGCAAAAGGCAAAGAUUGGAAGAUCACGAGUAUGUGGAACAGAGCAGGGAGAUCGUAGAAGGCGUCAGGAGCGCGGUGGCGACCGGUGAGUGCUCCUUCAUUAAGCUCGGAAAAGGUUCCCGGCUGACCUGGCUUGACUUUCCCUCUGCGAUUGGCACUUCAGCUAUGCUCAAGAAGAAGAGAAAGAUGGCCGCUGCUGCUGCUGCCGCCAAGAGCAAGACGUCUCCUGCCACGACAACCUCGACUCAGGCGCAAUCAAACGGCACGAAAGUGUGA